AAAUAAAAGAUCUGUGCAAUAUAUCUGGUAGAUGCUCUUGAGAAGGGACGAAUUUCACAAGAACUCACCGGUCUCAGGUCUACAGAGAAGACAGAAACAACAUGAGCACUGCAGGAAAGGUAAUAAAAUGCAAAGCAGCUGUGCUGUGGGAGGCCAAGCAACCCUUUUCUAUUGAGGAGGUGGAGGUUGCACCCCCGAAGGCCCAUGAAGUUCGCAUUAAGAUGGUGGCUGCAGGAAUCUGCCGCUCAGAUGACCAUGUGGUUAGUGGCAACCUGGUGAUCCCUUUUCCGGUGGUUUUAGGUCAUGAGGCAGCUGGCAUCGUGGAGAGUGUUGGAGAAGGAGUGACUACAGUCAAACCAGGUGAUAAAGUCAUUCCGCUCUUUUUGCCUCAGUGUGGAAAAUGCAGAAUUUGUAAGAACCCGGAAAGCAACUACUGCUUGAGAAACAUUCUGACGCCUCGGGGAACCAUGCAGGAUGGUACCAGCAGGUUCACCUGCAGAGGGAAGAGCCUUCACCACUUCCUGGGCAUCAGUACCUUCUCCCAGUACACAGUGGUAGAUGAAAUCGCAGUGGCCAAAAUUGAUGCAGCUUCACCAUUGGAGAAGGUCUGCCUCAUUGGCUGUGGAUUUACAACUGGUUAUGGGUCUGCAGUCAAAGUGGCCAAGGUGGUCACCCAGGGCUCCACCUGUGCUGUGUUUGGCCUGGGUGGAGUUGGCCUGUCUGUUGUCAUGGGCUGUAAAGCAGCUGGUGCAUCCAGGAUCAUUGCUGUGGAUAUUAACAAAGACAAAUUUGCAAAAGCCAAAGAGCUGGGUGCCACUGAAUGCAUCAACCCUCAAGACUACAAUAAACCCAUCCAGGAGGUGCUCAAGGAAAUGAGCGAUGGAGGUGUGGAUUUUUCAUUUGAAGUCAUCGGUCGGCUUGACACCAUGAUGGCUGCCCUACUAUGUUGUCAUGAGGCAUGUGGCACAAGCAUCAUUGUAGGAGUAUCUCCUGCUUCCCAAAGCUUCUCGGUGAACCCUAGGCUUCUACUGACUGGACGUACCUGGAAAGGAGCCAUUUUUGGUGGCUAUAAGAGCAAAGAUUCUGUCCCCAAACUUGUGGCUGAUUUUAUGGCUAAGAAAUUUUCACUGGAUGCAUUAAUAACCAAUGUUUUGCCUUUUGAAAAAAUAAAUGAAGGAUUUGAACUGCUUCGCUCUGGAAAGAGUGGCCCAGUAACAGUGACACCAGAGACCAGAUGUCCACAGACACUGGGUCAACCCCAGAGACAGCCGGUGGCCCACGUGACAGUGACAUCCAAGACCAGCUUUCCACAGACAGCUGGCAGCCCACACAACAGUGACACCCAAAAGCAAGUGUCUGUCGACACUGGUUCACCCCAAGGACACCCAGCAGCCUUGUUAGUGAUGCCUGAAAUCAGGUGCUCACAGACACUGGGUCGACCCCAGGGACACCUGGCUGCCCACAUAGCAGUGACACCUGGGACCAGGAUUCCACAGACACCCAGUGGCUCACAUGACAGCGAUGCCCAAUACCAGGUGUCUGAGGACACCCGAUGA